AUGUCCAGUAUGCGUGGUGCCCAUCCCAUCGUGAGGGAUUCUCUGCAGUAUUGUGUCGCCGUGCAACCUCCUCCCCACCUCCUGCUCACCUCCUCCCCACCUCCUCCCCACCUCCUGCUCACCUCCUCCCCACCUCCUCCUCCUCACCUCCUGCUCACCUCCUGCUCACCUCCUCCCCACCUCCUCCUCACCUCCUGCUCACCUCCUCGUCACCUCCUGCUCACCUCCUCCCCACCUCCUCCUGCUCACCUCCUCCUCCUCCCCACCUCCUGCUCCUCACCUCCUCCUCACCUCCUCCCCACCUCCUGCUCCUCACCUCCUCCUCACCUCCUCCCCACCUCCUGCUCCUCACCUCCUCCUCACCUCCUCCCCACCUCCUGCUCCUCACCUCCUCCCCACCUCCUGCUCCUCACCUCCUCCCCACCUCCUGCUCACCUCCUCCCCACCUCCUCCUCACCUCCCCCUCCUCCCCACCUCCUGCUCACCUCCCCCUCCUCACCUCCUGCUCACCUCCUCCUCACCUCCUGCUCACCUCCUCCCCACCUCCUGCUCACCUCCCCCUCCUCACCUCCUCCCCACCUCCUGCUCACCUCCUCCCUACCUCCCCCUCCUCACCUCCUCCCCACCUCCUCCUCACCUCCUCCCCACCUCCUGCUCCUCACCUCCUCCCCACCUCCUGCUCCUCACCUCCUCCUCACCUCCUGCUCCUCACCUCCUCCCCACCUCCUGCUCACCUCCUCCCCACCUCCCCCUCCUCACCUCCUCCCCACCUCCUGCUCCUCACCUCCUCCCCAGCUCCUGCUCACCUCCUCUUCACCUCCUGCUCACCUCCUCAUCACCUCCUGCUCACCUCCUCUUCACCUCCUCAUCACCUCGUCUUCACCUCCUCAUCACCUCCUGCUCACCUCCUCUUCACCUCCUGCUCACCUCCUCCUCACCUCCUCCCCACCUCCUCCCCACCUCCUCCUCACCUCCUCCCCACCUCCUCCUCACCUCCUCCUCCUCCCCACCUCCUCCUCACCUCCUCCUCCUCACCACCUCCUGCUCACCUCCUCCUCACCUCCUCCUCACCUCCUCCUCCUCCCCACCUCCUGCUCAUUUCAUCUCUUGUAG